UCCAUUUUCAUUACGUAGACGUCCACCUCUGCGUCAUCUUUGUUGUUCACAACCAGCGACUUGUGCGCGCUAAUCACACAUACACACCAUCAUGUCUGGCCGAGGGAAAACCGGAGGCAAAGCGAGAGCGAAGGCCAAGUCUCGCUCUUCUCGUGCCGGACUCCAGUUUCCGGUGGGUCGAGUCCACAGGCUACUGCGCAAGGGCAAUUAUGCGGAGCGCGUCGGUGCCGGGGCUCCCGUCUACCUGGCGGCUGUGCUGGAGUAUCUAACCGCUGAGAUCCUGGAGCUGGCUGGCAACGCUGCCAGGGACAACAAGAAGACCAGGAUCAUCCCUCGGCAUCUCCAGUUGGCCGUGCGUAACGACGAGGAGCUCAACAAGCUGCUGGGAGGAGUGACCAUCGCUCAGGGCGGCGUGUUGCCCAACAUCCAGGCUGUCCUCCUGCCGAAGAAGACGGAGAAACCUGCAAAGAGCAAGUAACCGGUGGCCCGUGUUCACUCGGGACAAGCUCAGGCUCCGCUCGGUGCCACUUUUUUCAUACCAGUGUUUUUUGUUUUUGGAUAAACCUUUGUAAAAGUGGGAGCGGUGUCUGGUUGAAAUCACACUUGCUGCCCAUCGGGACUCUUCAUAGACUCUGUCUCCUCUGUUGUUGUUGUUUUGUGUGGAAAAUGGAGGCGCGCUCGCUCUCCGGAGGCUGGGGAGGAAGAAGAAGGCCGCGGAGAAAAACCUGUUAAUAUGGACCAAUUCUGGAAGGGGGAGGGACGCGGGUGUUUUUAUUUUCGCAAUGCUGCUACAAAGAAAACGUGCAAAAUUGUUGUGUUCAUGUCAUGUUUCAAUAAAUGUCCCCGCAGCCUUUUGGCACAGGGCGAAUUCA